AUGGUUAUUGUUCCGCACAAUUUAAUGUUAACCACCACCACCGUUAAUUCCUACAAUAGGAGACAUGAUUCUCUGAUUAUCCCUACGCAAAAUCGUUAUCUUGUGAAAAAAACUCGUUUGGGCAUUUCAUCAAACAUGUGGCGGAACUUUGGGAAACAAGCUUGUAAAGGGUUUAUUCGUACGAGUGUUCGCCGCCCAUCAGUUGCUCUUUCUCGAAACUUAGUUUUUCCUGUUAAGUCUGAUAUUAUGUAUAGUUCUGGAAAGCAAAAUAAAUCUGGACAUGUGAAUAAGUCUCGGUUUCAGUUAAAUGAAAAUUUUGUUGGUGGUUGUUGUUCUAAUAAUUCUCUGUGUCAAUUUGAUGCUAAAGGUUAUUCUAGUGUCGCUGAGGCUGAUGUUGAGGAAGACCGCAGUUUUGAUGGUUUUCCAUUUGAUGCUAUAGAGUAUUCUAGUUUUGCUGAGGCGAUUUCUUCGACAGAUGCCGAGGAAGAUUCUGUUCAGGUUGAUGUUGAAAUUAGAGAACUGUCGGAGGAGGUGAAGAGAGAAGAGAAGAGAAAGAUUGCUGAAUUUAGGUUAAAAAGUGAGGCGAUUUUUUCUUCGAACUAUUCGGAGGAAGGGGAUGCGGAGGAAGGUCUAGUCGGGGUUGAUGAAGUUAAAGAGUUGUUGGAUGAGAUGAAGAGGGAAGAGAAAAGACAGGGGGAUGAGUUGAAGAGGGGAGAGAAAAGACAUUUGAAUUUGAUUGAUGGCAUGAAAGAGGGGAAAUACAGAACGUUAAAGAAAAGACAAGUGAAGAUUGAGACUGAAGUAUGGCAAGAAGCUGCAAAGGAGUAUCAGGAGUUAUUGGUUGAUAUGUGUCGACAUAAGUUGGCACCUAAUUUGCCUUAUAUGAAGUCAUUAUUUCUUGGUUGGUUUGAGCCUCUAAAGAAUGAAAUUGAGAAGGAGCAAGAGAUGUACCGUAGCGGGAAGAGGAGGACAGUUUACUCCCCUUUCUUUGUUCAGUUGCCAUCCGAGAAGAUGGCUGUAAUUACGAUGCAUAAGAUCAUGGGAUUGUUGAUGUCAGGAACUGAGAAAGGAUCUGCUGGCACUGCUAAGGUUAUCCAGAUCGUAUGCAUUUUAGGUGAUGCCAUUGAGCAAGAGGUUAGAAUACACAAGUUCUUGGAAAAGAGUAGUAAGAGAAAACCUCGUAAAGGCAUGAAAAAUAAAGUAGUUGAGUACACUGAAGAUAUCAAGGAAGAGACGAAACUGCGGAAAAAAGUCAUUGAUUUGAUGAAAAAGCAAAAGCUUGCCACAGUGAGAGGAAUUGUUAAGGACCUCGAUGAUACAAAACCGUGGGGAGUAUCUAUGAGGACAAAGGUAGCCAGCCGUUUAGUUGAACUUUUGAUGCAAACAGCAUUUAUACAACCACCAUCAGAUCAGUUGGAGGAUGGUGCACUUGAUAUCCGUCCUGCAUUUACGCAUUCAUUUAGAACAACGACACAAGAGUCUACGAAAUCAGGCAGAAAAUAUGGUGUCAUUGAAUGUGACCCUAUAAUUCUUAAAGGACUUGAGCGAACGGCAAGAAAUAUGGUCAUACCAUAUUUGCCUAUGUUGAUUCCACCAGUCAAAUGGACAGGUUAUGACAGAGGUGGGCACUUGUUUUUACCCUCCUAUGUCAUGCGUACACAUGGUGUCAAGCAACAACGUGAGGCUGUUAAGAGAACCCCUAGGAAGCAACUAGAGCCUGUAUUUGAGGCUCUUGAUACUCUAGGGAAUACAAAAUGGAGGAUAAACGGUAAGGUGCUCAGUGUUGUGGACAAGAUGUGGGCUAAUGGAGGCCGUCUUGCUGGUUUGGUGGACCGCAAUGAUCUUGAUUUACCUGAGGAGCCAGAAACUGACGAUGAAGCAAAGAAAAAGAAGUGGAAAUGGAAGGUCAAAUCUGUGAAGAAAGAGAACAGGGAGAGAUAUUCUCAGCGUUGUGACAUAGAACUUAAACUUUCUGUAGCACGUAAAAUGAGGGAUGAAGAGUGUUUUUACUACCCACACAACGUUGAUUUUCGGGGCCGCGCAUAUCCCAUGCAUCCACACUUGAAUCACCUUGGUUCAGAUAUAUGUCGAGGGAUAUUGGAAUUUGCAGAAGGACGUCCUCUUGGAAAGUCUGGUCUGAACUGGCUGAAGAUACACACGGCAAAUCUAUAUGCUGGCGGUGUUGAUAAGCUAUCUAGUGAAGGUCGCAUAGCGUUUGUUGAAAACCAUCUUGAUGAGAUAUUUGAUUCUGCUGAUAAUCCUACGGAAGGGAAACGGUGGUGGUUGAAUGCAGAAGAUCCAUUCCAGUUCUUAGCUGCAUGCAUAACUCUAACUGAGGCUUUAAGAAGUUCUUCACCAGAAGCAUUUAUAUCACAUAUUCCAGUACAUCAGGAUGGCUCUUGCAAUGGCUUACAACAUUAUGCUGCUUUAGGAAGAGACAAGUUAGGGGCCGCUGCUGUCAAUCUAGUUGCAGGAGAGAAGCCAGCUGAUGUCUACUCGGGUAUAGCAGCUAGGGUAUUAGAAAUCAUGCAAAAGGAUGCUCAGAAAGAUCCGGCAGUUUUUACUGAUGCUCGUCAUGCAAAGACUUUAGUUAACCAGGUGGAUAGAAAAUUGGUUAAGCAGACAGUGAUGACAUCAGUUUACGGUGUCACUUAUAUUGGAGCAAGGGAACAGAUAAAGAGGAGGUUGAAAGAAAGAGAUAUUAUUUCAGAUGAUUCAGAGCUUUUUGGUGCUGCUUGUUAUACUGCAAAGGUGACCUUAACUGCCUUAGAAGAGAUGUUUCAAGGCGCACGAAGUAUCAUGAGCUGGCUCGGCGAUUGUGCAAAAGUAAUUGCAGCGGAAAAUCAACCAGUGCGUUGGACCACUCCUCUUGGACUUCCUGUGGUGCAACCUUACCGUAAACUAGGAAGACAUAUUAUCAAAACAUCACUUCAAAUAUUAUCAUUGCAACGAGAAACAGACAAGGUCCUGGCCAAACGGCAGAGAACCGCAUUUCCACCAAAUUUUGUUCACUCACUCGAUGGUUCUCAUAUGAUGAUGACUGCAGUUGCCUGCAAAAAGGCAGGCUUAAAUUUUGCAGGGGUUCAUGAUUCAUAUUGGACGCACGCGUGUGAUGUUGAUGAAAUGAACAGAAUACUGAGAGAGAAAUUUGUAGAACUCUAUGAGACCCCAAUUCUUGAAAAUUUAUUGGAGAGCUUUCAAGAAUCUUUCCCAUCUUUAAUAUUUCCACCCUUACCUGAACGCGGAGACUUUGAUUUGAGUGAAGUUUUAGAGUCUCCAUAUUUUUUCAACUGA